AUGAGUGACAACGCGGACACCCCGACCAACAUCUCCCUGAGCCCCAGCGUGGGCGAGUCGGUCCAGUACCAGACCGUGUCCGUGUUCCUGGUGCUGCUGGUCUGUGGCGUGGGCAUCGUGGGCAACAUCAUGGUGGUGAUGGUGGUCUACACUACGCGCCACAUGCGGACCCCCACCAACUGUUACCUGGUGAGCCUGGCCAUAGCCGACCUGACGGUGCUGGUGGCGGCCGGACUGCCCAACGUGGCGGACAGCCUGACCGGGGCCUGGGUGUUCGGACACGCCGGCUGCCUGGGAAUCACCUACCUGCAGUAUCUGGGCAUCAACGUGUCGUCCUGCUCCAUCACGGCCUUCACUGUGGAGAGGUACAUUGCUAUCUGCCAUCCCAUAAAGGCUCAAACCGUCUGCACAGUCUCCAGAGCCAAGAAGAUCAUCGCAGGCGUGUGGGUCUUCACCUGCGUGUACUGCAUGCUGUGGUUCUUCCUGGUGGACAUUCAGGUGGGCUCGGACGGACACGUGUUCUGUGGCUACAGGGUGAAGCGUGACCUCUAUUUGCCCAUCUACCACAUCGACUUUGCCAUUUUCUACGUCAUCCCUUUGCUCCUGGCUAUUGUGCUUUACGGUCUGAUUGCACGCAUCCUCUUCCUCAGUCCCCUGCCCAACGCGCCUGAAUCCAGUGCCACCACCUUGCGCCGCAGCUGCAGAGAGGGCCCCGACAGCAGUGGAGGGAAAGGGGGCCGCCCAAUCCGCUCCGGACCCUCUUCCAGGAAACAGGUGACGAAGAUGCUGGCUGUGGUGGUAAUCCUGUUUGCACUGCUGUGGAUGCCCUAUCGGACUUUAGUCCUGAUCAACUCCUUUGUGUCCACUCCUUAUUUGGACGCAUGGUUCCUGCUCUUCUGCCGAACAUGUAUCUACGCCAACAGUGCAAUCAACCCAGUCAUCUACAACGCCAUGUCCCAGAAGUUUCGUACGGCUUUUCGGGGGCUGUACCGCUGCCAGAGGCCAGAGGGCGCUCACAGGACCAUGUCAAUGCUACAGAGUGGGCUUGGCACGGUCAGAGACACACGCCGCUCCCAUGCCCCCAGCGAAGAGGACAAAGAAAAGGUCAAGAAACCCUUAGAGAUGAGUCCACAGCACAAUGGCAGUGGUCAUCUACAGAUUGUAGAAAAUGUAUGGGGUGUUGUGGAGCCGGCUCAGUGGUUCUCCACUACCCUUCGCUAUGACAUCUUCUUUAAUGAGCAGCAGACGUUACCACUGUGGGACACACGCGUGUGA